UGUUGUUUUUCGCAGUACAUAACGGACUUAUCCUUGAAACUGUCGGUUCACAAUCUAUCUCAGGUCACUUGGCUUAUUGCAGCCAGUAGAAGUUGCUAAAACAUACUGUGCAUAGUAAAGGUAGGAAUAGUAGGCUUCCGGAAUAGAUAAAUGCUAAAAAUAACAUUCGUGCAACACAUCUGGCGGCACUAAGCCCAACUGCUUGCGAGCUGGUCCAAUCGUGUACAAUCCUGUCUUGCCAAUCGCCAAAAUGGAUAAUUCCGAUCAACAAUCUACCAGCACCCCUAUAUCAGACGAUAUCGAACAGAACUUCCUCACACAGUUCAGUUCAAUGGUAACUACGGACAAAGACGAAUUAAUCAAGCAGUUUCAGACCAUUGGCGAAAAUCUUAACAGCAACACAGCUAUGUUUUUCCUGGAUAUGAGUAAUUGGAAUCUGCAAGCGGCCGUAGGUUAUUACUUCGAUUUUAUGACACAGUCGCGACAACCUUCGAUGAGGCUCGUGGAAGACCUAACCAUCGGUAGAGGCGAAAAGAUCACGCCCAAUACAGCUAUCAAGCUUACAUGGUUGGUACAAAAUAACGGCGAAGUCGCCUGGCCGAGUGGAACAUACGUUGGCCUAAAGCGCCAACCAAAUGUGAUUCCAAAUCUUCCAACGCUGUCUUACGAAGACCUGAAGUUCUAUGUGCCUGCAAUUCUGCCUAACGAAACGGUACCCGUUUCAGUGCAGCUCGUCAGUCCACCGCAGGAAGGCGUGUUCGAAACAGUUUGGGUAACCUACAACCCGAAUGGUACAAGCUUUGGGGAGGAAAUUAUUUCACGACUGGAGGUCAGCCUGGACGGCACUAUGGCUGUAACCCAACAAUUUUCGCAACUGGAGACCAUUUCCGGCAGUGAUGUAAACUUUGAACCUGCCGAAACACAGCCUAAUGAACCUGAUGACUCUGACAUGUUCGGAUAGCCGGGAUGGGGCGGUGUUGAUGUUGUUUAUAUACAUCAACAGUUUAGAACGACCUGGUCUGAUAAUAUGCUGUUUGCAAUCUUUCCAUUUUAUUUGCAGUGAAUGGUAUAAGUUGAGGUCUUACCUGAGGUCCUCCGAAUGAAAUCUCCUCAGACCAGAAUCGGACAUGUUUGAACAUUUUGUUGAAAUAAUUUUCUUUCUUUUCCCAUCAUCCAUUACAAUUGAUUGAACUUCAAAAUUAUUCUUUGAGAUCAGGUACAGAUGGCAAGCUUGUCGAGUAGACUUCUUAACGGACAUUACAAUCAUAUCUGAAUGGUGCGUCACCUGUAAUCAGAGAAGCGUUUAUUUUCUUCGAAACAAUAGAUUGAAUUUUUGGUACAAAUGGUGCUAUACUCUUCGACCAAGUAUGCAUAUGCACUAUAGUUGUUUGUGCUCAUUGUCAGUAAUGCACCAAGACUGUCUCUCCGUUCAAAACGAUAUCUGAUCAAUAAAUUUGUUAUGUACAACGGAAACAUGCGGCUUCUUUCAACCACAAAAAACAGCUAAGCAAAGCAAACUUUUUGUCACCACCUAAUGACGGACAAACAUCGAAUAAGGCGGCAUUUAUUGCUGCAAACAGGCUGCAAAGAUGUUACAGGGCGGGAUAGAUAAGGCAGGGGAGAGCGAACAGUCCAGGCAACUUUGAGUCAGUCCCCAAAAACUCGGUUCGUUGGACUUCGUUUAUUUUUGUUUUUUACAAAUCGACAAUAACAUUGCCACCGUCAUGGCCAGGACUUGUAUAUGUUAUGAAUGUUGUCACAAGUGGACUAGCAGUAGGAGUAAAUAUUUUAUUCUUAAAUAAAAUAAAUUGAACAACCAUUUUGGCGUCCUUCAGCGGCGAUAUAAACUAGAUUUUGGA